CGCGGGGCCGCGGGCCGGCCGAGGGGGGCGUGCGCACGGGUAGGCCGGCCGGGGUCGCGGGCAUGGCGGAGGCCCGGAAGCGGCGGGAGCUGCUGCCCCUCAUCUACCAGCACCUGCUGCACGCGGGCUACGUGCGCGCGGCGCGGGAGGUGAAGGAGCAGAGCGGCCAGAAGAACCUUCUGGCUCAGCCUGUCACCCUUUUGGACAUCUAUACACACUGGCAACAGACCUCUGAGCUUGGCCAGAAGCAGAAGGCAGAGGAUGACGCAGCCCUGCAAGCCAAGAAGACUCGCGUAUCAGACCCUAUUAGUACCUCCGAGAGCUCGGAGGAGGAGGAGGAGGAAGAAGGGGAGGCAGGAGCUGAAGCCACCAAAGCUGCCCUAAGAGUAGCAUCUACCAACUCUUCAAUGACCACGGCAGAGUCACCAUCCAGCCGGAAAGAAAAGGGCCAGGCAAAGACCAAGACGGCCAGCAAGACAGUGAACUCCAUGCCACGUGCCAACGCGGGGAAAGCCUUGAUCCACCUGCUGUCUGGCAAGUCCCCCAAGAAGGCAGCGCAGCCCUCAGCAAAUGCCAUUUUGGUCCCAGAAACUGAGGAGGAGGGCAGUGUCCAGACCCUCAGAUCCACUGCCAGGCCUGGAAUGGUGUCAGUGGCCCGGCCCAGCAGCUCCAGCGAAGACACCUCCAGCUCAAGUGAUGAGACCAACGUGGAGGUAAAGCCCUCAGUAAAACCAGCUCAAGUCAAAACCUUGCCAGCCCCUACUAAAGCGCCUCCAGCAGGAAGGGCUGCCCCCGGCCCCGAGAAGGCGGGUGAUGUGAUGCGCCACACCGGGGGAGCUGCCUUAACUCCAGCCAGGAGGGCGAUUAAACCAGGAACAGAGUCUGAGAGCAGCGAGGAAGAGGCCCCCACGGGGACACCCAACCAGGUAAAGGCCUCUGGGAAAGUUCCCCAAGUUCGAGCUGCUUCAGCUUCUGCCAAGCCGACUCCCGCAACCCCCGGAAGGCCAGGGCCCUCGGCCACCCCGGCCACGAGAGGAAGGCUGGGGCAGGAUGCCGAGAGCAGCAGCGAGGAGUCGUCUGACAGCGAGGAAGAAGCGCCCGUCGCCCUGGCCCCGCUUCAGGCAAAACCCCCAGUGAAGACGGCGCAGGUCAGAGCAGCCUCGGCGCCUGCCAAGGAGUCCCCCCAGAAACGAGCCCCUCCAGCGGCCCCUAUGAAGACAGCACCUGGGGGGGCCCAGGCCGCGACCCCGAAGCCCGAGGACUCAGACAGCAGCAGCGCAGAGGACUCGGACAGUGAAGGGGAGACGCCGGCAGCCAUGGCACCGACGGCGAGCCCCGCGCAGGCAAAGACCUCAGGGAAGAGCCUCCCAACCAGACCUGCCCCCGAUCCCGCCAAGGGCUCCUUGGGGAAAGGAGCUGCCCCGGGGCCCCCCCAGAAGACUGGGCCCGCGACCACCCAGGCCAAGGCUGAAGAACACUCGGAGAGCAGCGAGGACGCGUCCGACAGCGAGGAAGAGGAGGCGGCGGCGGCGGGGGUGACUGCAGCUCAGGGAACGUGCGUGGGCAGAGGACCCGUGGGGAGAGCUGCCUCGGGGCCGGGACCCACGCCGGCACUCCCUGGGACGAUGGGGCCUGCCGGUGCCCAGGUCGGGGACUCCGAGAGCAGCGAGGAGGACGAGUCCAGCGGUGGGGAGGCCGCGGCGGCCCCAGCACAGGCCAGGCCCUCGAGGAACGCCUCUGAGGCCAGAGCCAGCCCGGCUUCCACAAAGGCUCCUUCGAUCAAGGGAGCAGCGCCUGGCAAGGUGGCCACUGCAGUUGCCCAAGCAAGACAGGUCACCCCAUCCAAGGAAAAGCCUCCCGCCAGAGCCCCUCCGAGCAGUGCCGUCACCGCAAGGGCCCCAGCACAGAAGGGGUCGACUGUGGGGGGAAAAGAGGACUCGGACAGCAGCAGCGAGACGUCCGACAGCGAGGAGGAGGCAGCACCUGCCCCGACAAAGCCCUCAACCAAGACGGCUGCGGUCAGCACCGUCUCAGUCCCUGCCAAGGCACCCCCUGGGAAGACGGGGCCUGCGGCCGCCCGGGCCCUAGCUGGGAAGCGAGAGGAGGACUCGAACAGCAGCAGCGAGGCGUCAGACAGCGGGGAGGAGGUGGCGCCCGCCCAGACAAAGCCCUCCGCUAAGACGGCUUCCGUCCGCGCUACCUCAGCUCCUGCUAAAGAGUCCUCCAAGAAAGCCCCCCCAGCACCCGCUAAAGAGUCCUCCAAGAAAGCCCCCCCAGCACCCGCUAAAGAGUCCCCCAAGAAAGCCCCCCCAGCACCCGCUAAAGAGUCCCCCAAGAAAGCCCCCCCAGCACCCGCUGGGAAGACGGGGCCUGCGGCCGCCCGGGCCCCAGCUGGGAAGCGAGAGGAAGACUCGGAGAGCAGCAGCGAGGCGUCAGACAGUGAGGAGGAGGCGCCAGCCGCUGUGACCCCAGUCCAGGAUGCUACUUCCAACACCACCAAAAGCAAGGCCCUGACCCCAGCUCCCCCACAGGACACAGAAGACUCCUCAGACAGCAGUGAUGACGAGCUGCCUUGCAGCCAGGUGAUUAAACCCCCUCUGAUUUUUGUCGACCCUAAUCGUAGUCCAGCUGGCCCAGCUGCUACCCCCACACAAUCCCGGGCCGCAAGCACCCCAAGGAAGGCCCAGGCCUCGGACAGCAGCACCGAAUGUUCUUCCUCCGAGAGCGAGGACGAUGCGAGUGUGAUCCCCGCCACCCAGUCCUCCACUCCUGCUGUUAGAGCCAAGGGGGCGCCUGUGCCUGCUGCCCCCACGAGGGGAGCCCCCAGAGUUGGCAGCAGCGAGGAAUCCAGUUGGGUACCCAAGGGCAAGAAGCAGGAGGCGGCCGCCGCGCAGGUUGGUAAUGCCGUGGCGCCUCCCCAGAGCACCCCUGUCCAGGCCCGAGUGAGCAGCAAGUGCAGAACACCCAAGCUUCCCGUGGGCCACUCCAAAGCCAAGGCCCCUGACAGCUCAGGCGACAGCGAUGACAGCAGCAGCACCUCUUCGGAGGGCCAGCGGGACGGUUCAGCCCUGUCCCGGAGGGAGACUGUGGUGGAGGAGACCACAUCCGACUCCAGCGAGGACGAGAUGGUGGCACCUUCCCAGUCUCUCCUCUCAGGUUAUGUGAGUCCUGGGCUGACCCUGGCCAAUUCCCAGGCUCCCAAGGCCACUGGCGAGCCACACUCCAGUCCCGCGGUGCCCUCUGCUCCGGCCAGAGACGACCCAGACGGGAGGCCGGGAGCAGAGCCCCAACACACAGCAGGCCCCGUGUCCCCCAAGAGAGGCAGGAAGGAGGCCGCCUCGGGCACACCUCCGAAGCCCCGCAAGAAGAAGGGAGCCGUGGGCGUGGCGGGCGCGGCGGGCGCGGCCUGCACGCAGGCGCUGCAGAGCAGUCUGGCCCAGCACCUGCUGGGGCAGCCCUGGCCCCUGAGCGAGGCCCAGGUGCAGGCGUCGGUGGUGAAGGUCCUGACGCAGCUGCUGGAGCAAGAGAGGAAGAAGGUCGCAGACGCCACCAGAGACAGCGGCAAGAAGAGCCGGAAGCGGAAGCUGUCGGGGGACCAGCCAGCCGCCGGGCCCCCCAAGAGCAAGAAGAAGAAGGCGGCCGCUGGGGAAGGAGGGGAGGGUGCCGUCUCCCCAGAAAAGGCCUCCAGGACUCCCAAAGGGCGAUCAAAGAAGGACCGGGGGAAUGGUGACAUGAAGGAGAAGAAGGGGAAGGGGCCUCCCGGCCCCCCCGGGGCCAAGGACGAGCCCGGAGGGAAGCUGGGGAUGGCGAAGGCCGAGGGCGGAGAGGAAAACGGCGCCAAGAGCCAGAAAGGAAAGAAGAAAUCCAGUAAGAAAAAAAAAGACAAGGAGAAAAAAGAGAAGAAGAAGAAAGCAAAAAAGAUAACCAAAGAUCCUGACGCACCAUUCCAGAAGAAAAAGAAGAAAAAGAAGAAGACGGCAGAGCAGGCGGUGUGAAGGCGUGUGCCAGGCACAGGGCGCAGGGAUAUCUUCGCAGAGAGGUGACCAUCUCCAGGCCUCUGCCCUCUGCCCGGCGUGGACUGGGACUGGACCCGCACCCUCCUCUCCGUCGCAGGACGCCAGCGAGCCCUCGGCCCCGUGCUGGCCAAGCCGGGGAGCCGGCGGGAGCCCGGCCCGCAGGGAGGGGUGGCCCUCCCGCAGCGUGAGACGCUGCGUGUAGACAUGGACAGUAUAUCUAUUUUUUUAAGUCACCUGCCUUUCCCUCUACAAGGCCAACAUGCGGAAGUCCUUGAGAUCCCCACACACUCACACACUCACACCCACACUCGUCUUUCUGCAGACCCAGUGGGGCCUGCUCUGGCCCAUCCCGAGCCGCUGGGCUUCUGGCUGAUCCCGACGGAGGCUCUGUCCUCUUGCUGUCAGAUUUUCUGGUUCUGUUUUGUUUUCUUUGGUUUUAAUAAAGUAAAAGCCUUA